AUGUCCAAUUUACAGGCCAUGGUGUCUGAGCCUCCAGACAUGUUACCUACUUCUCUGUCUAGGCAGGCAAUGCCAGCAACACAAAGCUUAGCCGACUCCACUCCUCUUGAGGUUUGGGCUAUCAUUCUGUGCAAGGUAUACUCUGACUCUCCCACUGAUUUGUUUGCGAAGGAGGGUAGUUGACAGAAUCUACAGCUUCCACGCUCCGAUCAACUCAAUCUACGAACUGUGUGCAGGAAAUGGAACACCUGUAUUACGCCCCACCUGUACACGACAAUGUAUUUGGGCGAUAAUAUCAGCAAGGACACACUCAAUAAAGCAGUCAAGGAUAUAUUCAGAAAUUUAGCCAACGACAUAUCCAUUAGCUGUCUUGGGAACAGAACUGGUCCAGCUUCUGUUCAAAAUUCGAUUCAAAAAGGUUUCCAGGCUUACACCAAGUGCCUCGUUAUAAUUCAUCCUCUCAAAGUUACCUCAUGGAAUGCGUUGAUCAAACUGAUUUCCAGAUGCGCCAAACUGAAUGAAAUUAAGUGAGUUGGCGGCCCCUUCCCUGAAUAGUUGUCAGCAUCAAUUGACUUAGUUUUGUUUCUUUCUAGAUACUGGUACAUAGGCGAACUAAACUCUAAAUUGUCGAGCAGUAUGGCUCCUUUCCCAAAAGCCCUUGUCAACGGGAUAAGAACCUGGAAACGAAAUGUAUUAUUGCAAUCGUCUGAAACGGUUGAUAUGCAGGAAGACCUGUCCAGCAGUCUUGCUCUAGCUCCCUAUAUCAGCAAGGCUCGGAUCAAACUCAACCCCGAGAACGUUACAAAUCAUAAAGAAUUUCUUCUUGCGACUUCAAGGCUCAAAAAACUGACUGUUCUGGUCCACGGCGAUCUAGGCGUAGCGACUGAUUUGCGACUACCACACCCCCUCGAAAGCAUCGUAAUUGUUGCGAAUGACUGGUUCUUUUACUCGGAAACCAAUAUCCAAAUAUGGAACUUUGGUCAGCUGAAGAACUUGACCCUCUUCACCACUCAUCCCGUUCUGAGCAACCUCCUCCAACACACAUCAGGUGGCCAAUUUCCUUUACUGGAUGCUCUUCUAGUUUAUGUGUCGGACACUCCUGAACCCCCCAAUGCUAGAUCAUUGUUUCCUGGCUUGCAACAUACCCGUGACCGACUAGCUUCUUUUAUCAUUUCUUUGCCCAAACUCACUAGGCUCAAACUGGAUGAUUUUGAGCCAAAAACAAUGGUAGAAGCAAUCGUGUCAAAAAAUGGCAGCCCUAUCAAAUUCCUACGCUUUGGCGAACUUUCUCCUCAGGUGGCGCCCGAGGAGAUUGAACGAAUUGGUAAGGCAUGCCCUGAGAUGCAGUUUAUAAGUGUUAACGCAUCAUACAACGAGGUACUCAAAAGACAUGUGGCAUACAUUUUCUCCCAGAGACAUCUAGUAAACACCUGCUAAUCCAUCUGUCUAUCUUUCUAGCGAAUCCAAAUCGUCAAAGCAUUGGGCUGUUUCAAGGGAUUGACAGAGGCACAAAUCACUCUUAACGGGUUCUAUUCUGGAGAUGACUGGUAUCAUGUUCAUAUUCACGAAACUAUUGAAGCUGCAGGGGUUAGCAAUAAGCGAAUGGCGCACUCUGCUCGUCUGUACAAAACCGGAAAAGCAUUUCGAGCCCUCAUGAUCAGCCAACCAUUUCAGCGUGAGCGCAAAGACAAUGAUAAAGAGAUGUCUGGACGGGGUUGGUGGGAAGAGCCUGAUGAUAUAUAUCUCGACGAUGGGUUCACUGUGCAGAAGGCAACUUCUUGCUUUUGGGGGGGUGGUUCUCACCAGAUGUUUCGAACGGGGAAUCUGGAAGAUAAUUGCAGCGGGGUUUUUGAGGACGGGGACCGUUACUACACGCUCUUGGGGCAUUAA